CUCUCACUCUCGCGUCCUUCUGCCAACGUCUUUGUCGAGCGCUCAGCAUUUCUCUGCUCACUGCCACAGCGCAUGGCUCUCAAUGGCGAUGACAAUGGCGAUGGCGGUGACGAUGCCGCAGGCCAGCUCCCCGACAUCGUAGCCACGCAUGACCAGCUUCCCGACAUUGUGGCCACGCAGGGCAAGUUCCUCGUCCCGCCCAUCUCGACACCCACCUUCGCAUCUCGCUACAACGCCAACUUCGCGGCCGCCCUCGUACAUGCCCUUCGCCGACUCCAGGAGAAGGGAGCCGUGCGAAGGGUUAUAUACGGAGAGCAGGCGGACACGUGGCCGCAGGGACACACUCCGCCAUCGGUGCGCGCGCAGUUUCAGAGCGACAAGCACAUGGCGCUCCGCGAAUUAAUGACAGUUUUGACGCCGCCGACGCCCAGUAGCAGCGCCGGCAGCGGUAGUGUCAGCGUCAGCAAUCUAUCGCCUCCUCCUUCACCAGGGAGCCUAAACAGCCCCUUUGCGAGCAAGCUUCCGGAGUCCGCCUCUCGCAGCCCAGUCCGUGAUUUAAAGCGCCGGCGCGAGCACUCCCCGACCGAGGCCACCUCAGCUUCACCUUCUGCCUGCUAUUUCACUGGCGCCAGCGUACCCAUCUCGACCGAAUCAGCCUCGCUCUUCCUUUCCUCCAGAUGCCGGAAGCGUCCCCGUACACAUUGCACAACCGAAGAUGUGGGCACCGAUAACCUUAGAACAAGGCCGGCGAUAAUCCCCUCCGCUUCAGGCCCUGCGGCCUAAAUCGUACUUUUUCCGCCGCUUAAAUAGAAGACGGCAGACCUACCUCUCCUGCACUUCUACUUCUAGCUACUUCUAUACACAGACCCAGCCGCCUAGAGCCUAGUUCGACACCCUCCGGUACGCAGAGCCUCCUCAGGCUUCAAUCAGUGCAGCCAGCGAUAAGACCAUGCAUGCAGGUCGCCUAGCAUAAAUUCAAGAGGCUCAAGAGCAUGGUCAAGGACGCGGUAGAGCUUAGUUAACAUGCAUUAAGCGAUAAAUAGAAUGUAAGACUUUAGAUACUUAGAGCUGUAUUAGAGAAUUUUAAUAUGUUAUAAGAAGAGUAGAAAUACGUAGAG